UUCUGUUUGCAACCAGCGAUGGGUGUAGUCUGAGAAGUGGAUACAGUAGCGCACCGCAAUAUACCUCGGAAGUUAAAUCCUCAUGAAGGAGCUCCGUCCUGGCUGAGUUUGGGAGAUGGGAGUACACAACAUUGCAGACCAGCCUCCUCUGGUCCAGGCCAUCUUCAAUCGUAAUGCUGAAGAAAUUCAACUAUUAUUGCACAAAAAGGAGGAUGUCAAUGCACUGGACCAAGAGCGCCGUACGCCACUUCAUGCUGCUGCCUGUGUGGGUGACGUCCAUGUAAUGGACCUCCUCAUUGAAUCAGGUGCCACUGUAAACGCUAAAGACCACGUAUGGUUGACCCCGUUGCACAGAGCGGCUGCUUCCAGAAAUGAAAGGGCCGUGGGUCUGCUGCUGAGGCGCGGCGCAGAAGCGAACGCACGAGACAAGUUCUGGCAGACGCCGCUGCAUGUGGCUGCUGCCAACCGUGCCACGCGCUGCGCAGAGGCUCUGCUGACCCAGCUGAGCAACCUGAACAUGGCAGACCGCACUGGCAGAACCGCCUUGCACCAUGCGGCUCAGAGUGGGUUCCAAGAGAUGGUGAAGCUGCUGCUGAACAAAGGGGCCAACCUGAGUGCCAUCGAUAAGAAGGAGAGACAGCCUAUCCAUUGUGCUGCUUACUUGGGACAUUCAGAUGUUGUGAAGCUGCUGGUGUCCCGCAGUGCAGACAAGAGCUGUAAGGAUAAGCAAGGCUACACACCUCUUCACGCUGCUGCUGCCAGCGGUCACAUCGAAAUUGUAAAGUAUCUGCUGCGGAUGGGGGCAGAGAUUGAUGAGCCCAAUGGCUUUGGAAACACUCCGCUCCAUGUGGCCUGCUACAUGGGGCAGGAGGCUGUGGCUACCGAGCUCGUGAACCAUGGAGCUAAUGUCAACCAGCCCAACAAGUGCGGCUACACCCCUCUGCACCUGGCCGCCGUCUCCACCAAUGGUGCCCUCUGUCUGGAGUUGCUGGUCAACAAUGGGGCAGAUGUCAACCAGCAGAGCAAAGAAGGGAAGAGCCCCUUGCACAUGGCAGCCAUUCACGGACGCUUCACACGCUCUCAGAUCCUCAUCCAGAAUGGCGGGGAGAUCGAUUGUGUGGAUAAGUAUGGCAAUACUCCUCUCCACGUUGCUGCUAAGUACGGCCAUGAACUGCUGAUCAGCACUCUGAUGACCAACGGAGCAGACACGGCCAGACGUGGGAUCCAUGGAAUGUUCCCCUUGCACUUAGCUGUGCUGUACGGGUUUUCAGACUGUUGUCGCAAGUUACUCUCCUCAGGUCAGCUGUAUAGUAUAGUUUCCUCAAUGAGUAAAGAGCAUGUACUUUCGGCUGGGUUUGACAUAAACACCCCUGACAACUUUGGGAGGACCUGUCUACACGCUGCUGCCUCUGGAGGAAAUGUUGAAUGUCUGAACUUGCUCUUAAGUAGUGGUACCGACUUGAACAAGAGGGACAUAAUGGGAAGGACCCCGUUGCACUAUGCGGCUGCUAAUGGGAGGUACCAGUGCACUGUGACCCUGGUGAGCGCUGGCGCUGAGGUCAAUGAGUCUGACCAGACAGGCUGUACUCCCCUGCACUACUCUGCAGCCUCACAAGCCUUCAGCAGAGUUGAUCGUCAUUUUUCUGGGAACCAUCAGAACGAUGAGGAUGAGGCAAAGGAGUCUUAUUUCUGCUUGGAGCAUCUUUUAGACAAUGGCGCUGAUCCAUCCAUGGUCAACUCGAAGGGUUACAGCGCUGUUCACUAUGCAGCUUACCAUGGCAACAAACAGAACUUGGAGUUGCUCCUCGAGAUGUCCUUUAAUGCACUUGGAGACAUAGAAAGCAGUAUUCCAGUCAGUCCACUGCAUCUCGCUGCUGACAAAGGCCACUGGCAGGCGCUGCGCGUGCUGACGGAGACUGCGGCCUACGUGGACAUGCAGGAUGCCGCAGGACGUUCUGUGCUCUACCUGGCCUCCCAGAAAGGCUUCGCCCGCUGUGUGGAGGUGCUGUUAGCUCAGGGGGCAUCCUGCCUCCUCAAUGACAACCGCCUCAUGUGGACUCCAAUUCAUGUAUCAGCUGCCAACGGUCACUCAGACUGCCUGCGCAUGAUGAUUGAUUACGGAGAGGAGGGGGAUCUCACCAACGUUGCAGACAAAUUUGGCCAGACUCCUCUGAUGCUAGCUGUGCAGGGAGGUCACACUGACUGUGUCCACUACCUAUUGGAGAAGGAUGCCUCGCCUGACGCCAAGGACAAGAGGGGCAGCACAGCUUUGCACAGAGGGGCCGUGUUGGGCCAUGACGACUGUGUGACAGCCCUGCUGGAGCACAAAGCUUCUGCACUGUGUCGGGACGUUCAGGGUAGGACCCCGCUGCACUACGCUGCAUCCAGAGGCCACACGGAUAUCCUGGCCAGUCUGGUGCAGGCCGCCAUGGCGACAGACCCGCAAGAUAAACUGCUGGACAACAAACAAUACACCCCAUUGCAUUGGGCUGCUUACAAAGGACAUGAAGACUGUUUGGAGGUUUUACUUGAAUUCAAAACAUUUAUCCAUGAAGAGGGAAACCCUUUCACCCCCCUGCACUGUGCUCUGAUGAAUGGCCACAGCGGUGCCGCAGAGAGGCUGCUGGAAUCUGCUGGGGUCCACAUGAUUAACACCAGAGAUGCCAAAGGAAGGACCCCACUGCAUGCUGCUGCGUUUGCCGAGGACGUCGCUGGACUUCAGCUGGUGCUUCGCCAUGGGGCAGAGAUCAAUACGGUGGACGAAAGUGGACGCUCUGCUCUGAUGGUAGCUGCUGACAAGGGACACAGUGGAACCGUGGCCAUCCUCCUUCACCGGGCCAAGGCUGACCUGACACUGCUGGACGAGAACAAGAACACUGCCCUGCACCUGGCCUGCAGCAAGGCACAUGAGAUGUGCGCUCUGCUGAUUCUGGGAGAGAUCCACAGCCCGACACUCAUAAAUGCCACCAACAGUGCUCUGCAAAUGCCGCUCCAUCUUGCAGCACGCAACGGCCUGGCUACGGUGGUGCAGGCACUGCUGAGUAGAGGAGCCACUGUGCUGGCUGUGGAUGAGGAAGGCCACACCCCAGCCCUGGCCUGCGCUCCCAACAAGGACGUGGCCGACUGCCUGGCUCUGAUCCUCUCUACCAUGAAGCCUUUCCCCCAGCGGGACCCUUCCUCCUGCUCCUGCUCCUCCCCCACCGUCUCCCCCUCCCCGGGUCUCAACUUGCUGAAGCACUGCGGCAUCACCGCCACCUGCGCCCCCCUGCCGAGCAACGGCCUCCACAACGGCUACGUCAAAGACCGCCAUGGUGCACCGGUUGGCCUGGAUGGGUGUCUGUCUGAGUGAGGUCCCGUGUCCCCCUCAAGUCGGCUGCUACCACCAUCAACACCACCAGAGGGGAGGGGGAGGGGGGGGACUCCCUUUAACAUGGCCCAGAGGACCAGGAGAGCACCCACCCACAUGUCUGUUCUGUGUAUGUAUGUGUUUGUGUGUCUGUGUGCGUGAGUGUUUGGUCUUCUCUUGAGGUGCAGUCAAACCUUAUAUGCAAUUAGAUCCCAUUCCUCCAUCUCCUUGUAGUGCUUAAAACUUAAAAGAGGCGGAUUGCUCUACAAGGUCACUCCGAGGAAGUGUGGCAUCCAAAACAAACACUAGCAAUCUGGCCAUCUCGAAAAUCAUUUAACCCUUUAAAACCAUGUUGACAUACUUAACUUAUAACCGACAUCUAAGAGCAUGGAAAUCUCUGUAUCCUCGUCUUUCUCGUCAUAUCAUUCAGUAUAAAAGUCAUAUCAUGUUGAAUCCGCCAUGGUGACCUUGUAGAGGAACAUAUACAGCCUUCCCAAAAGAGUGAUCAAAGACUUUUUUUUUUUUUGUUUAUUUGAUUACUUUUUAUUUCCCUUCUUUUUUUUUUUUUUUUUUUUUGGUUUUUCUUUGUGCGUUAGCUUAGAUUUUUAUGAAGGAACCACACAAGGGAAAAAAAAAAAUCUAAAAAUGUUUUGCUUAAGAGUGCAAUGCUUACGUACUACAGUACAAUCCGAAAAAUAUUUGGAAAAGGGUCACAGAAAAUUCCAUAGUGUACUUAAAAUGUACGGCCUAGAAUUGUUUGGCAUUUUAAGAUAAUUUGAUAAUGCUGCUGAAUACGUCGGCGUGUCUCCUUCCAAAGGAGGGCCAUGCCUGGGUCGGCAAUUUAUACCAUCGAUUUGUUCUCAAUGCUGACUUCAUGUUUUAAAGAUGCUAAAUAAGUGUUUGUUAAGCUAGAAUGUUUCUAAGCAUAUAACUUAUGACCAAAGUUGAUCAACACUAUUAUGGCUAUAAAUUAUUUAUUUGAGAUGAACUGUACUGUAUAGAGAAAGACAAUAGAUCUUGAUAUACCUCGUCAACUCGUUUAGCAGCUGCUUCAUCUUCACCCAGGGUCCGUAGGCCUAAACGUUCUCUUUUUGUAGGAUAGUGACUGACUGAGGCCUUGUUUAUUUCUAGAUGAAGGCUUUACUAGUAAUAUCUGCCAACAACACCUCAUCAAAGCAUCAUAUAUCUGAGCACAUAAAUGAACAAGCCAUUUCAAUUUAUUUCCCAUCUCUUUCAACUGUUAUAUAUUUAUUUUCUUUCCGAAAUUUGAAAGGCCUAACGAUCGAAAAGAGAGAGCUGUCAGUUUUGGGUUUUUUAGGCACUUGCGAUUUUUUUAAUUUUAUUUUUUUUGUUUCCAUUCUUUCCUGUUUUCUGAAGUUGAACUGGCCAUCAGCAUUGCGCUUUUUAACACGCUCUCACUAAAGGAGAUUUUUUUAUUUUUUUUUCCUUCUAAGCUGAUGAACUUGUCUUAAACAUCUAAUAGCUCAUAUCUCAACCUCUGGGUGAUCAAUUUGAACAGAUACAGAGUAUUGUCUGCUGUUUUUAUUGGGCAGUUUUCAAGCAAUAUUUUCUUUUGGCCUUUUUUUUGUUGAACCUUUAUUGAAUAGACAAUCACUGUCACAAGGGCUUUUGUUUCCCUGGAAUGUGUUAUGAGUUUUUUUCCCGUUUUUUUUUUUUUUUUCCGUUUUCUAUGAUUUCAUGAAAAUUUUUACCUAAAGACUAAACGAAUGGCUCUGUGUGUGCCGGGCAUUUUACUGUCAGUGUCAACACAAAUGCACUGGAUUGCCUUUAUGGCAUCUCAUGAAAUGCCUUUUGACCCAUGCCUUCCGUAACACAUCAUUUCAGUUUGAUUGCGUAAUGGCAGAGUACGACGAGCCCUGAGACUGACUACCUUUUCCACACAUUUGAUGGCAACAGCAUUGAACCCCAGUUGCACCAUAGUGGGGGGGAGAAAGAAAAAAAAAUUGCCCGGCAUACCUUUCUAUGUCUUGGCAUUAUCAAUAGCUAGGGAGCUGAUGUCCCUUUGUAGAAGACAAUAGGGCUAAGAGGAAAAACGGAGAGGGAUCUUUGCUUAGGCCAAUACCUGUUGUUUAGAUUUCAGGAAAAGCAGAAAUCCAAAUAUGUGCUUUUAUUUAAUUUCAUUUUGUCGUCUUCUCAUCCCAUUUCUGGUACUAAGCAUACUAAAGAUGAUUGUAUCGGACCACUAGAGCUGUUUGUGACUUUCAGAUGUUAUAUCUAUGCUUUUUUUUUAUUUUUAUUUUUUUUUAGACCAUCUGCUGGUGGUUAAAUUACACUGAGUCAGAUUGUUUUCAUUGGUGUGAGAACUUCAUAUCCACUGGUAAUGAAGUGGCACAAUUGCACACAUUAGUUGACUGGAUGAGAGAUGAGGACCUAGCCUAGGAUUAUGUCGUUAAAUCCCCCCCUGCGAAAAAAAAGAAAAAAAAAAGUCUUUUUACUUGAUCUUCUAAAGCUGACAUCAAAGUCCAUUUCAGAGCAGUGAUUUUUCUUUCUUCUCAGAGUUAGUGUUGUAGAUUCACCGUUGGCAUUUCAAUUGACCUCAAUAACUUGAAAUGGAACUUAUUGGUGACCCGACAGCCUUUUCGUUCUCUUGAUCGAUUUCCUGAUUUCAGGAGAGCACUUACAUUAUUACUAGCGAUAGGUACAUAAUAAUUUGUAAUCUCAGGAUCUGUGCUGAAGCAGCAAACAGAAUUUAUUAAUCCAAUCAGAUCUCAGCAGGAAGAUUAUGUCGACAUUUAUUUUGGUGGGAUUUUCCAUGAUUUAAUUCCUUUGUAACCCUAAUCCCACAGCACUUAAUUAGAUAGUCAAGCACGCACUUUAGUACAUUCAGGUUCUAAGUGUGCAAAAUAGAGCAGAUGUUAAUGUAUGUACUUAUGUUUACAUGCAUGUGUGUUGCUGCUGAAUACAGGAAGGAAAGGGUUGUAAAAGACAAGCAAAGGCUGCAACAAAAUUGUACUCUUAACACUUUAUAAAAUAAAAACUAAAAAAAGAAAAAAAAAAAAAAGUGUCUCUGAGUACGUCGGGGACAGUGUCCACUUCCCACUGACUUUUUUUUUUUUUUUCUUGUAUGAACUAACUCUGGGCAGAUAGCCCCUUAAGAAGUGACAAGGUUACCUAACCCAGCCUACUGUUAAUAACAGACUCUGGCCUAAGUCACUUGAAGUCAGUACACCUCAGGCAGGCUCCUCAAAACACUCUGCAUACUCUCUCUGCCAUCUGUAGGUGCUGUCUGCUCAGGCAGGGACGUUUUUGUUUUUUUUCCUCUUGUGAUGUCCUUAUCUGACCAGUAAAUGGAGCCAUUGCCCCUUUAACUGUACAAGUUGGAACUGAUCCUUUUGUUGUACCACAGUAUUCUUAUACAUGCUCUUUUUUUUUUCAUUUUUUUUUUUUCAUGUGUGUAUCAGUGAGAACUGAGUUAUUGUGCAUGGAGCUCGAUCACAAUUUUGAUAUAGUAUAACGGUUGAACAAGUGGAGCAUAUACAUCAUAUAUCUCGUACCAGAAAUGGAAAGCAAUGAAAGGUCCAAUUGUAGCAAUAGAGAGUGUGUGUAACAGUGUGCAGCACAAAUAUUGCACUGCCAUCCAUUUAGGCCAAUUCACUAAAUCAUAGUAUAAAUGCCAAUGGAAGAUUUCAAAUGCGGGUUGGAUGUUUUAAUCUUUGGUCACAAAUAUGGCCUGUUUGCCAAAACGAGUGGAGAGAGAGAGAGAGAGAGAGAGGGCGAAUCCUCUUUAGAAAAGCAGCAAUGGAUUUAUGCAUAUAUUCAAACAGUUUACAGUCCGAUCAUCAAAUCUGAGCCAUGAAUUUUUUCUGACUGAAAUGAAUGUAGGGUCAGUUUAGAGCAGGACAAGUUGCUUUCUCCCGACUUUAAACUGUUACUCUUCAUUUGUCUUGCAUAGAUAUGAUUAAUACAGGUAGCAUGUAAUAACCUAAUUCUCUACAUAUUAUUCAGUAUGUGUAGUAGUCUUCCUGCAUCUGACGGUCUGGUUAGGUUUUCUUCUUUCUCUUUUUGUUUGUUUGUUUGUUAGAAAGUAGGCCUGCUGUUGUGUAAUACCACUCUCCUUUCUCUAUACAUAUGUGUACACAUAUUUGUGUGGAGUGUAGCCUACAAGGUAAACAAGGGACGAGAGUUCAGAUGAAUUUAACAUUCAUGUUCAUCCAUUCCAUUGAGAUUGCCUUACAGUACGGUAGAACAAGAGGGACAAAAAGGUCUACAGUAGAUACGAUCACACAUAACUCUUAAAUAGCCUAUAUUUGACAGAAAUGCACCUAAGCUACACCCAUUUAGUGCCAUAGAAACCUUUAUUUGCCUUUAGAUAUAAAUCAUACAUACUUGGUCAGUUACUUAUUCAGAAGUAGGCAGGAUUAUUACGACAUUUUUUUUUUUUUGUUCAGAGCUGCAUGUCUUUUCACCAAUUCUAUUACUCAAAGAAAAACUAUAAAUAUGUGCAUGGGAUAUUAGUACUUUUUAAAUGCAGGUAUUCUGUUAAAAAUUAGCUGUUGGUAGAAGUCUAUUGUAAAAAAAAAAUUGGACAUUUUUGCAGAAUCUAGUUAUUCCCUUUGGUAUUGGCAAAGCAAUCCCUAGGUUGUGUGUUUGUUAAACAAGGUGGUUUAUAAUGUGUGUUACCAGGAAAAAAAAAAACGAAACAUUUUUGAUGUCCAAAAAAAACCAAGAAGCAUGGUGUAUUCAUAUAGAAUUGAUUUGCCUCAAUGGAUGUCUCGGUUCUUACUUGAAGUAAAUGGCAAAUUUCAAUUCCACUCUCUGAUCCACUGUUGAGCCUUUUGCCUUAAAAAGCUGAAAAAAGGAAACGAUACCUGGCAGUACCUGAUGAGUUGCAUCACCUGUAGAGUUAUGCUACUUGGUUGGAAUGCUUGAUUUAAAAAAAAUAAUAGUAAUAAUUCAAAAUUUUUGGUCUCGCAGACACCCUGUGGUGUCGAGAAGCACACAAAUCAGAUGAGGUAGCACAUAGCUGAAGGUUGCCAUGGUGCAGAGAUUGUUGUGAGAGGUUAGGAUAUCGCCAUAUUUGCCACUGUGAAUGAAUGAAUGAAUUCAGAAUUCACUCGUAAACAAUCAUCUUUGGCUUCUCCGUCAUCCAGAGCCAAAUGACACUUUUGGGAUAGAAGUGGUGUACCUCAAAAAAUGAUGGAAAGGAAAUUUGUAUAAAAAAAAAAAAUUGCUUGUACAGCUAUGCUAACAAAGAGUUCAAAUCGUGUGAUCCAUCUUGUUGUGGGUAGUGUAAUUCUGCUUAAACCAGCCUAAAUCAGAGAUGUAUCUAUGCGGAAGUGUUAGAUUAGUGUCGGCAGAUGUCUCUUGUUUCCUACCUUACAAAAGGGGGGCAGCAAACUGCACCUUGUACUUUUUAUUGGACCUGCAGUUUUUACCUCAUCAGUGAUAUUUUUGUGUGACGACGCUGACAUUUCUCCUCUGUGAUUUCUUCUCGUUUCUCCUGAUGCCAGUCGUGUAGAUUUCUCUCUCUUACAGUGUGUGUGAGUGACUCUUCUAUAUAUGCAUGUGGAACCUAAACAUGCACAAGUCCCUUCUUUUAUAUAAGGAAAAAAAAAAAAAAAGAGUACCUGUUUCAACAUAUUUCUCUACAUUACAACUCAACAGAUGAGUCUGUUAUCUGGUGCAGGUCAUAUAGCGUGAAGAGUACAGUCUAAUUUAAGGUGGUGAAUGAAGGUAGCUAUAAAACUUUACCUCUUGUAAGUCAAAAUAAUAGAAUUACACUGUAUGACUAAUGCUAGUUUGACGGCCUUCCCUGCCUGAACACUCGGUUAUUAAUUUCCCCCCACCAAUAGGACCUGUGUAAUAUCGAGCACAGUGGUGGCAUGGUGCCUUUUAUUUGUUACUACCGAAAGGUACGGUCUUCCAUUUGUAUUUCUCAGAAGCCUUAUAAUGGGAACAAGGAAAUUACACUGAACGUACAGUAGAGAGGCUCAUAUUCCCUCUGAGCAGGAUUAUUUCAACCCUUUUGAGAUCUGAGUCAUAAGAAUAAAAAAAAAAGCCUAAAUACACUCCUCCUGUAUUAUUUUGGAUUUCAUGACGCAUCUCAGUGACUGAGUGCUCCCUUCGGGGGCGGAUUAAAUUGCACAUUGCCGAUGCGAUUUAGGGCACAUCAAACAUUGAAUGGAUGGGGAUCUAAAGUAUGAAAGCACAAAUCCAAAGAAGGCACCUCGGGGGCUCAGUUGGCUCCCUGAACACCACAGAGUGACGGAGCUGGUAGACCAAAUUUAGGGAAAGAAAAGACGACUCUGAGCGCUUCUGAACAUGAGGUUUGAUUGUCCGUAACACAUUAACUGUAGAAAAGACCGUCAUCUGGAAUAUCAGAGCCUCUUCUGAUUGAUCUUCUCAACUCGUUUGGGUUUUUCCAUCAACAACUUCUAACUUCACAUCACUAACCAAGUUGUGAAGAAUGCGGUACCUUGCAUUCGAGAUCAAGAUUUUAGGCGAGCUGUUUGUUGUGACUGUGCUGCGAACUGAUUGUAGAGAUUGUUUUUUUUUUUUUUUUGUGUUCAUUUUAUUUAAUUUUUUUAGGGUAGACUGACUUACAAAGUAGGGUUGCAGUAGUAGCUGUGUGCAGUGUUAAUAACCGUGUGAUCAUACUAUAGAAGUGACGUAACAUUUUGUUGUCUUACCGCGACAUUAAGGCAUGAAUCAUCUUCUCUCAAGCUGACCUCGUUUUUGAAAUAGACAAAAGAUAAAAAGUGCAAUAACCUUUUGUUUAUCAUUGCUUCCUCGGUUGAAAAAAAAAAAUUUGAUAUGCCCUUUUUUUUUUUUUUUUGUUAACACCAAAAGUCACUGAUCUGUAGCAAAUGAAGGAUUUCAAGUGGUCCUGUUUGUGUUCAGAGAAGGUGGCGUUUGAUAGUGGAGUGUUUGAUAUUCCAUUCUUAAAAACUGUGAUCAAUGUCCAAGUCUAAAAGCUGCCUGCUCAGAGAACGGACUGUGCACAAGUUGACUGAUAGAUUUGAGUAGGUGCAUUAAUUUUUUUUCUUCUUGUUAUGGAUGGAUUUUUGAUGGUGUUGUAGUUCGGGCUUCUGGUUUAUAACCGGUAGACAUGUUCAUUUGCAUGUGUAGAUGUGUAUAUGCAUCCUCUUCCUCCUUGAAUGAAAUGUUUUCUCAAAAAUAUUUAGACCUGCUGUCAGUGACGUAUGCGGAUAAAAGGAAAUAUGAAAAUGCCUUAUAUUUGUUUUUCAAUGUUAAAGCAUUAAGGGUUCUUAUGUGUCCCUCCCUUUUCAGCGUGUAGCCUAAAGCUUGUACAGUUAAGAAACUCAUGAGAUUUAUAUCUACUGUAUAGCCUGUGUGUUUUCAGAAUUUGUUACUCGGAGGUCCUUGUGAUUGUGGUUUUAGAGAAACAUUCCCCUUGAAAGUGCCGUUUGUUUUCACCAGCAAGAGGAUGUGUCUCUGGGGAGGGGGAGGGGGAGGGGGAGGGGGGGGAGGAAAAAACAAUGUAUUUACGAGAAGGAAAACAAACACUUUUUCCAGUGUUUACUGUUGAACCUGUUGAACUGAAUGACACAAAGUAUUCGUGCAGGUGAACUAAGGCAGCAAUCUUCUGGUGGAGCACCUUAUCUACUCGCUCCUUCUGUGAGCCCACAGUGGAAGUAGUCUCACCCCAAGCUUGAUUACUCUUAAGCAGAGCCAUAUCAGAGAAUUUGCCCGUUAGGAGCCCCUUUUGAAUGUGCUAUUAGGAAUAGCCUACUGUAGGAAAGGAUGUAUUCUGCAUGUUCUGUGACUUUUUAGAAGUACCUUUCAUGUGUUUUUUUUAUUUCUAGUCCGCUGCACUGUAGAUGUUGCCACCUCAUUGCAACUCACGAGCUAUUAACAAUCCUCUCACGACUGGACUUAAAGCAGGCAUUGAUCUGCUGCUGAGGCAGCCUUAAUUCAUAACAAUUCAAAGGAAAAAGGUUCGAUAAUGGGUUGCCUGUUUUUACUUUGAGUGGCUUAUCUGGGGAAACACGAAGGAUCCUUUUAUCAUGAGGGGAAGGACUCUGAAUCAGGGCAUGUGAUGAGUUACAAUCAAAAAGUUUCACAGUGCACCUUCACAAACAAAUAUGUAUAUAAAAAGUUGGCUCGUCCACCCAACAUUCCAAAGUUGUUUUCAUUUCCCCCACUCUGUCCUGUCCCGCUGACCGAGAAAAAUCGUUUUGCUUUGCUGGUGAAUGAAGUGGGCGUGUGUGUCAAUGACAGGGUUCCCUAUUUAGCCUGAUUACCUCAUUUACAAAUCUGCAAAUAUAUACUACUACUCUACUGUGUGUAAAGGAGUCAAUGCCAUCACCAGCAGCGUGGUCUCUAGACCAGUGAUGACAAUAGGACCAAUGAUGUUACUCGGUUGAAUGAAAUUAGUCAAUUUUUAGAAUAUGAUCGGUCUGGAAAAAGAGGGUUAAGACAGAAUUCCAAUUUUUUUAAAGGCAGAAUGGGCCUCUAAAAUGUCCUCCGUUAGUUAAUCACCAAAGCCACUACACCAGUCUGCGUCUGACGUGAUCAAUAAAUCAUCGGAUACAAUUUGAAGAUUUGACUGAAUAUCGGUUUUCAGACUUGUUUUUUCAAUUUGGAGUCAAAUCGAACACACCGCUCCUUUAAAACAAAAAACGCCGACUGGAGUAGCAGCUGCUGGCGCCAGCUUGGUUCAAGAAGUGGAGCUGAACGCUUGGUGUCUCUCACCGUUAUUUAAGAGAACGAUCACAUUAGCAUCACUUUUGCUGUUUUUCAGUAGCAUUUCUCCUACCUCCUUGUUUUGCAGCCUUGAGUAUUGUUUGUCUCUCCAUCUGUUCUGACUAUUAAAGAAAACUAAAAAACUAUUCACAGUACGAGAAUACAGAUUUAUCAUAAGCAAUGGUAGUUAUACAAAAAAAAAAAAAGUGUGCUUGGUUGUGCUGUAUGUGUUUAUGUCUAUUUGACGUAGAAAAAAAUAUUUAUGAGAAGCAUUUAUACGACAAAAUACCACUGGAAUGUGAAGCCAGACAAUGUUAUGAUGCAGAUUCUGAUGAUAGUCUAUCCCCCUUUAACAUUCAGUGGCGAAUGGUCAGAGGAUCCAUCUUUUUAGGAAUAAAUAACCAUGCAUUCGCUUUUAUUUUUAACACCGUCUAUUUCUUCGGUUGUGUGUGUAUAUUUCCUUGUCUAGCCCUAUAGUAUACAUCAUUUCAACGUUUACAGCUUCAUUCUGGGUCAGCCACUGAUUGCCCUGCAGUUGUAAUGAUACCACAGGUUGUCACAAGAAAGAUUUGAAGGUGGAUUUGUAAUUCUGUUCGAGGGUGAGUUUGAGCCCCUCAAGCCGUAUGCCUUUGAAUCCAUCGGUCCACUCUGAACCAAAUUCUGCUACACAGGCGUCUGUCUCCACACUGCCCUGACAUUUCACGUUCAGUUUGACUACAAGGGGUACAGGACAAGGUGAAAGGUUUGAGGUUUUCUAACCAGGCGCCCCCCUCCCUCCCCCCUCCCAACCAAACAACCCCCCCCAGCCCCAUUGCCUAAUCCAGGACAGGACCAGCCCCACUUCUCUCUCCCCCCCUCCCCCUCCCAUCUCACCAAAAACCUCAAGCCAUUCAUUUUUUCUGUUUUUGUUUUUUCGACAAUGCAAUCCUGAAAGCACUUUGCCUUGUUAUUCCUUCGUGUGAACAUGUGAAUGAUAAUUUGUUACAAAAAUGUUAAAUAUGUAAAAGAUCAUUCACUGUUUUGGAAAAACCUGCAUCUGUCUUUCUGACGUUAAAAGAAAAAAAAAAACAAUUUAGUGACAUUAAACCUAAAUCUAUUUUAUAAAAUGUUUGCUGCAGCCAAUUGGUCUUGUCAUUCAGUAUUGUGGCUUAGGGUUGUUUGUGUUCAAUAAAGUGCUAUUGCUAAAUA